AGCCCAACUUGCCCUCACUGUCGAUCUCUCUUCCCGCCAUUUUGAAGCUACACUCUCAUCUCUCUUUCUCUCUCUCUCUCUCUCUCUCUCUCUCGUUCUUCUCUGUCUUCGGUGGUUUCUGCUUCUACGGGUUCAAUCAAAAACGAAAAAAGGAACAAAAGCUGACGACGGGUCGUUGAUUCGAGAGUAGAGGAAUUGUGGUGAAACAAAAUGAAGAAAGAGGAAAAUGGGAACGGCAGGGAUGAAAUGGUAAUAGAUGGAUCUGAGGAGAGAGAAGGGAAUGCAGUUCCUGAGGGACUCAAUGUUAAUUAUCUGAAACUUUAUUAUGGAAAGCUAUUUCCUCAUGCUGAUAUUCAUAAAUGGAUGUCCUAUGGAAAUGAUGGGAAGCAUCCUGGGUGCGACCAGUCGUACUUCGGUCGAAGAGAGUUUUCCUUCACUUUAGAUAAUGAUAUAUACUUGAGAUUCCAGUCAUUCAACAGUGCAUCUGAACUUGAGAACUCUAUCAAAGAAAAAUGUCCAUUUAAAAUAGAUAUUGGACCUGUUUACAGUGUUGAUCCUUCAAAGAGACAUGCAUAUGCACAAACUGGUGAUAAUGUUUUCACUCCAGUAGAGAGGGAGCUAAUUUUUGAUAUAGAUAUGACAGAUUAUGAUGAUGUUAGAUACUGCUGUGCUGGGGCUGAUGUUUGCUUGGACUGCUGGCCUCUAAUGACGAUUGCCAUAAAAGUUAUUGAUACUGCCCUCAGAGAUGACUUUGGUUUCAAUCACAUUCUCUGGGUAUAUAGUGGGCGACGCGGUGUUCAUUGCUGGGUCUGUGAUGGAAAAGCAAGAAGGCUGACUAAUGAACAGAGGGCAGCUAUUGCUGACUACUUUCAUGUCUAUAAGGGAAAUGAGAAUAGUCAAAAAAAGGUUUCUUUAACUGGUGCCGCCCUCCAUCCAUUCCUUGCGAGAUCAUAUACUGAAGUUCUUAGGAACUUUUUUGAGACAAAAUUGCUUUCAAGUCAAAAUUUAUUUUCGACAGAGGAGAGAUAUGAAAAGAUUUUAGACAUGAUUCCUGAUGAAUCUCUUACUUCUGAGCUUCGUGGAAAAUGGCAGGAUAAUAAGCGAUCUACCUCUUCAAAGAAAGACAUUGAUUCUAUUCGAUGGGAGCAGCUGAAAACUAUGCUACAAUCAGGAAAACAGAAGGUGCAAGGGCUACGAAGGUGUGUUGAAGAGAUUGUCUUCUCUUUUACCUAUCCUAGGCUUGAUAUGGAGGUUUCGAAACACAUGAACCAUCUGCUAAAGGCACCUUUCUGUGUUCAUCCAAAAACAGGUCGCAUUUGUGUUCCAAUUGAUCCAAAUGAGUGUGAGGAAUUCAAUCCUACUACAGUACCAACCCUUGCAACGCUUUUAGAAGAGCUUAACAUGGGAGGGGUGAGACAAGAAGUUAAUGACGAGCUGGAUAGAACAUCCCUUGGAGAGUCAAUCAGGUUUUUCAGAUCAUCAUUUUUGCAGCCUCUCUUAAAGUCUUGCAAGGAGGAAAUAGAAAGUUCCUACAACACAAAGCUUCAGCGCUCAAAGAAUUCCCUGACCUGGUAGUACUAUACUAAUCAUUUCAUUACGCUGAAUUUGGUAUCAAAAUACUAUUGGUGCAAAAAUUAAUGUCUUCUAGAAUCAGUUCAACCCAGAAACUUGUCCACAGAAUGUAAUUGCAUCUAUGUUCGGUCAGUUACAGACUCUGUAUCAUGUUUUGUGUCAAAAGUUUAAUUCUGCUGCAUC